AUUCCGAAACCGGCAACUCCGGUGAAUUCGCUGAAAAGAAGCCAUUCUGUGACGAUCAAGCCGACGGACCAGUCCUUGUCUCCGUGUCGCCGUCAGCUGUCGACGUCGACUUCACAGCGGUGUGGCGUCGAUGUCGGUGGUAAAACUAGUAAUCGCUGGCGAUCGACAUCUGCUGCAACCCCUUUUUCGUGUUCCUCGUCUUCCUACACCUGCUCGUCGUCGUCGGGCAGUGGCAGCGGACCAGACUCGCUCGAAGAUGAGCUUCAAACCGUGAUUAAAUGCAACGCCGACGAAGGCAAAGGAAACUUCAAGCUUCACCGCAGUGCUUCCGAAAAGGUGAAUAAAAAGAUGAGCUCUUCGUUACCUGCGAAGAGCGAUCAGCUGCUUCCACCGCAGAACUUCUGCGUGACCAGAAUUGUGGGCGAAGAUGGAAUUCUUUUGGCUUGGGAACCACCACAUGAUGUCCGGGUUUCCGGAUACAAGAUUUUUGUGGAUGGCGAGUUCAACUCGAAAGUCCGAAGCCCGCAGAGGACGAAGGCGCUCAUCAGCGGCGUGCAUCGACUGCGCGAGUCGGGCGCUCGAGUCGUCAUCGACAUCCGUUCUGUAAAUGUCGACGGUGCCAUGUCAGUUCCAGCAGCAACUGACGUCAAAGUGCCACCACCACCUCCGUGUCCUUCCUCUCGACAGCAGCACGAUGUCGCGACAGAGUCGUGCUGUUGAAAGUGCGAAACGAUCCGCGACUGAUGCGGAGGAUAAAGCCUAAAUUGUUCAGUUGCUAAUUUUUUUUUUCCUCGCUGACUUUGCUCUUCGGGGGAUGAUGAUUUCUUUUGCGUUUAGGAUGAAAGUCAAGACUUUGUCGGAAUAGAUUUUGUUUCUGGCCCCACCGUAGCUGGGCUGUACCCAAAAUGUUCUACUAAAAUCGUUCGAAACAUAAUAUGUUUUGAGCUGGUAAUUUCUUCGAAUGGAUAGUGAAUGAACAAAUUUCCUUGAAAAAAUUUGCCCGAAAAAAGUCUCCUGAAAGAAUAAAUCAUCUCCUGAAAAGAAAUUCUGGCUUUCCUUGGCCAUUAAACCCCCGAUUUACGAAUGUUGACUAAAAUGGGGCAACAUUUCUCUUAUUUUUGUUUCAGCGUUUAAUUGUCCCUGAAAUACUUAUUCGUGUAAUUUCGGUUCCCUGUAUUGAGCUUGAUGAGCAGUUUUCGCUGUUUGAUUUUGUUUUUUUUAAGUUCGAGCCUUCGAUGGAUUCGUUUGAAUGUUUCAAGAGACAUGCUGCUGAGGUUGGGGUGGUUACUUCAUCCAGAGAGUGACCACCAAAGGUGUGUCCUAUUUUUUAGAACGUUUUGUUGAAAGGGAUGCGUAAACUGAACAAAAUAUAUCAUUUUUCGCGUGUCCAAAAAAAUGCGUCGGGAGAAAUACAAUUUUCGAACAAACCA